AUGUCUUACAACGCCACCGUCGAUUUGCGCACCGCAGACAUCACCCGCUCCGUGCAAGCCUCGAUUGCCAGCGGCCUCGAGGGCAUCAUCAAGCCACUCCUCGAGCAGAAGCAGUAUGCCGGGGACAGCGACCGCGACAUCAUGGGCCUUCGCCAGCAGAUCACCGCCAACGUCAACAUGCUCAACAUGAACGGCAACAUGCAGAUCAAGCCGGCCCCGGUCCAUAUCAUCACGCUUGACAAUGGCAAAGAGAUCGUCGCGCUCCUCUUCGUCGGCUCGGCCCACCCCACGAGGCUCAGCAAAGGGGCCAGCACCACCGUGGGUGCUCUCCAGAACCUGCUCAAGUACACUUCGCAGCAGCUCGCUGCUCGUUACCUCGCCACUCCCACCAAGACCUCUUCCAGCAAGGCCAAUUCCAAGACGCCCGCUUCCGGCAACAAGUACAUCACCACUCCGCGCAAGGUCGCUCCCGUCAACCCAGCUUUCGUCGCCACCACGCGCCCGCAGCAGCCGAAGGUCAUCACCCCCGCCAAGCCCAAGAGCAACCACACCCGCAUGAGCUCCGCGUACUUCCUCGCCUGGGACUCCAACGCGAUCCGCAACGCCAGCUUCGACUCCGAAGACACCGCCACCCCAAGCCCAGACUCCAUCGACUCCGGCUACGGCGGCGCCACCCUCGCCCGCAGCUUCGGCAGCAACGCUGACACCCGCUCCGGCAGCACCACCGUCGUCGACGCCGGUGACCACACCUACGUCAAUGUCGACAUGCAGCACUCCGGCGGCGUCGUCGACAUCAACCCUGCCCUCUUCUGA